AGUAGGCGAGGCCGUGGGAGAGGCAGGAGAGGAGGAGGAAGGAGGAGCAGAGCGAGGCAGGGCUGUCAGCAAUGGAGGAAGAGCUGGAUCUCGAUGACCUGAACGAAGAGGUUUUCUUUGAGAACUACAAACCCCCUUCGCGCGACGCCGUGACGCUGCCCAACCACAUCAUCUACCUGCUGCUGGCUUCUCUGGCAGCCAUGAUAGCUCUGUAUGCCAUCAUCAGACACCUGAUCAAAGACCUCAUCCACGACCUGGCAGAUCUCCUGUUUGGGGUCCAACCCGAGGAGGAGACAUCGUGUCCCUGGGAGGCCAAGGACAAGUUCAAGGCCGACUGGUGUCCAGAGACCAGCGCCGAGCUGGAGGCCAUGGUGCAGGCGGAGGAGGUGCGGGUGCUCAUGGACGGCCAGGGGAACCUACCCGCCAUCUGGGUGAUCUCCGAGGGACGGCAGCCGCGCCAGCCGCGCUCCAGCCCCAGAGUGGCCUUCGGCAGGACCAGCUAGCUCACUCCGGAUACGCCUCGGAAUGGACUCGUUGAGUCUGGACACACCUCCGGAACGGCUAGUUAGGUGUGGACACCCCUACUGG